GCCAUGUUGCCGGGAGGCUGUGAUUGAGAAAGUAUGUCGUCAGACUUUGACUCCAGAGAUGAUCUGGUGGAGAGGGGGUCCAUCCCCCUGGACAUCGACAAUGUCCACAUGCUGCUUCAGGUGGAACAAGAACAGAUCCAGAAGAAGACCUUUACCAACUGGGUCAACGCUCAACUGGCAAAGCGGAGGCCACCAUGUAUGGUCCUGGAUCUAUUCAAUGAUUUCCGUGAUGGCUCCAAAUUGCUGGACCUGCUGGAGGUGAUGAGCGGCCAGCGCCUUAGUCGGGAGAGAGGCAGGGGAAUGUUUCAGCACAGGAGCAACAUUGAGAAGGCCCUUUCCUUUCUUAAGCAGAAAUCGAUCAAACUGGUCAACAUACACAUUCCGGACAUUAUUGAUGGGAAACCGUCCAUCAUUCUUGGCCUCAUAUGGACAAUCAUUCUACAGUAUCAUAUUGAGGAGUUGGCAAGCAGCCUAUCGUUCAGUUCCCGCCAGUCCUCCAUGGAGUCCUUGGCCACUCUGGAUUCGCGCUCCACCCUGUCGAGCCGCUCGGCCAGCAGCAGUCCUGUUCCUCCUAGAGGCUCACCACUACACAACCAUUUCAGGGUUUCUGCCAGGAAGGCCCUGCUGCUGUGGGUUCGGGAACAGUGUCACAAAGCUGGUUGUUCCAUAAAUGUGAAAGACUUCAAAGCAAGCUGGAGGAGUGGAGUGGUCUUCCUGGCCAUCCAGUACGCUCUGCGCCCUGACCUGGUGGAUCUGUCCAAAGCCAGAACCAGAAGCAACAAGCAGAACUUGGAGGAGGCCUUCAGCAUUGCAGAGAAGGAGCUGAGGAUCCCCCGACUGCUGGACCCUGAUGAUGUGGACGUUCGGGACCCUGAUGAGAAGUCCAUUAUGACCUAUGUGGCCCAGUUCCUGCAGUACUCCAAAGACCUGCCUGUGCCAGAGGAAGAAACGCAGACUCCGUACCUGACUCUUCCUAAAAGUCCUUCUCCUAUCAACCUGCCUGUUCACUAUACUCCUGCUAUUUCUGCUUCACCUCUGCGACAGGCAACGCCUAAUCAAAAGGCACAGGAAGUGACCUGCUGGCUGGUUCAGGCCUACGACGAGCUGCUGGAGGGAUGGGACUCCACAGAGGGAGAAAGCUACUCCGAGAGAUACCACGUAUUUCAGACCUUCCUGGUAUCCUUUAAUGAGCAGCGACGUCCCAUCAUGCCAUUGUUGACAGCGAUGCGACGAACCUCGAAACUGAGCGAGGAGCAGCAGUCCCUCAGAGAGGCGUGGGACACCCUCACUAACAAGUUACAUGAAUACAAAGUGUUGUUAGACAUGAGUCUCCCGGCGCCCUUGGACUCGGUGGCUCGCUGGCUGCUGAAAACAGAGAAGGCUCUGGCUGAGGAAGAGGGCGAUCCCCAGGACCACCGCCGAGCUGCUGACGACGCAAGGGAGAAACAGGAGCUCUUAAGGGCCUGCCCGGAGGAGAUGCCACAAUAUGUGAAAACCUUCCAGUCCUUCCAAAACUUAGAUGAGUAUGGAAACAUGAUGGUUCCUACUGACAAGAUGGAGGAACUAAAGAGGAGGUUCACCAAUGUGAGAGUAACUGUUAAAUACCACGGCAUCAAGCUGGAGUACUGGGAGCACAAGCACACGGUUUUGGAUCUGUUGGGGCAGAUCAGGACCAAGCUGCAGCUCUGGAAGAGAGCCUACAUCUCCCCGGAGGCUGUCAGUGUGUUGCUGCAAGAAUGGCAUGAUGUGGUUGACAUACAGGAGCUACCGUCUUUACUGGAAGCAGCUCUUCGUAAGCUAAAGCAGGUUUCUGAGAAAUAUUCAAGAAAAUCUGCCCUCGCUGCAGAUUACCACCAAGUCAGUCAGCAGGUGAAGCAGCUGGAGGAAGACACCGCCCAGGUUUUGGAAGAGAUGACCACAGCCAAGAGCACCAUGGGAAGGGUGCUUUCGGCCUGGGACUCCUACAGCGAUGUCUUCAGCUCCUUGCAGGCUUGGCUGUUGCAGGGCUCUUCAACACACAGUCAUGGCCACAGACCUCAGGUGACAUCUGAGUCUAUGGCAGAGUGGGGCUCCAGACAGGCCCACCUGAACAAGGUGGGUAACUUUCUGAUGGAGGCAGCAGACCCUCAGACUAGCAGGAGCCUGGCAGAGGAGCUGCACAGACUCAACAUGCACUGGGCUGAGUUCAACAAGAGAAACACAUUUGACAGCACCGCUGAGCCAAGUGCUGACAUCCAGACCAGACCCCAGGACAUCCAAGCUCUGAUCAGAGAGGCCACUCUCAUUCUCAAAGAGCCUCUGGAGACCAUGGCAGGCCCCUUACGCACCUACAGAAAAAGAAUACAGCUCUUAAUGAGGAAAAUAAAAGAAGUUGAUCUUGAGGCCCUGGCUUCCUCCCAAGAAUGCCCAGCAGAUCAGUUACAGAAACUGAAGCUUGCUAUACCUGAAGUGAUGCAGACCUUGUUUGAGGCAGAACAUGUGUGUACAGAGCUUCAGCACAGUGUAUUGGGUCUGGACAGCCGCCUGGCUGAACUCCUGCACUGGGAGAUUGAGGCCCGGGAGCUCUACCAGCUGCUGAGGGCCGCAGAGAGACAUAAACAGCGGGGCCAGGACCCACGAGCCAGGGUCCUGAUUUCCCGUGGUCUACAGUUGGAGGGCCAGGUUGUCACAGAGGAGCAGGACCUGCAGGUGAUGGUGAUGACAACUCAGAAGAACUCUCCCAUCCAGUACCUCCACGCCUCCGCCAUGCAGGACCGCGUGCGAGCCACUGUUGCACAGUCACAGGAAGCUGUAGGUAUGCUCAGCAGCUUGGGAGCCAGAAGAGACAGAAGCAGAAGCCCUCCAGAAGGGUCUCCUCCAUCAAAAGUCUACAAACAGGCUGAAGAAAAGCCUCAACAUCUGAGACAGUCAGACACACUCAGUUGGCUUACUCAACAGUCCAAAACAAAGUUAGUUUCUCACCAUGAAACCUUUGUGCCAAAGAUAGUUGUGCAGGAAUAUAGAGAAGAAAGGAUGACUUCUCCUCCACUUCCUUAUACCUACGCACAAGCUGUGAUGCAGACCAGGACAAAGACGCAACCAGAUUGCCAAGCUCAGGCAUGGCCAGAGACACAAAAACAGCAGACUCAGAAACAAGGAUUAAUACAACAGCAACAGCUACUACAGCAAAAACAAAUUAAAAGACAGCCGGAAAAAGAGCUACCACAGCAAAAACUCAAGCAACAGCAGCCACAAGAUGUACAACAGCAGGGGGUGAUGAAAACACAACCACAGCAACUGCAGCAGAAGCAGAACCAACAACAGGUGGAGCAGCAUGUAGAAAUGCAUCAACAUCAGGUUCAGCAGCAGGUGGUAUCCGACAGACAAACAUCAGAGCCCCAGAAGCAGAUUUCACUUCAACAACCACCUGUAAAGAAACCACAUCUCAGCUCUCAGGAGCUUCAAAGCAGAAAGACUCAGGCCAUGAAGAACCGGCCCUGGCUUCAGAACCCUAAAACCCCAGCUCUAGAACAGGAUUCCACUCAGGAACCAAUUCAGACUAGACACACUCAGCCAUGCUCAGACAGAGAAACAGCGGCAUCAGUUCAGGUGGUUCCACAGCAAACAGCAAGUGCCAGGCCACAGCCUGAGGCAAAUGCAAAAGAUACUAAGCUGCCACAAAAACAGCAAAAAGAGCAACAUAAAGAAACACAGCAAUCUCAAACUCUAAAGCAGCAGCAGGAGCAGCAAGAACAUCUGCAACUUCAGCAGCAACAACAAAAAGAGAAAUAUCAGCAACAACAUCCACAGCAACUGGAAAAAACCCAAAAGCAACAAGAACAAUUGCUGCAGCAACAACAACAACAGGAAAAACAACCACUCUCCAUUGCAACACCGGCUCAACCAGAUACAGACACCAAGGUUAAAUCCCUUGCUGUUACUAUGCCUCAGCCUCACCCACAAACAAAGGCCCAAAAUCAGACACAACCCCAAACUAUGGUUCAGUCUAAAUCUCAGGCAGCUUUGCAUGUGCAGUCCACAAGUGUGGCCCACACUACCACAGAUGGUCAGCAACCACUGAAGACCAUGUCCCAAAACAGAGUUAGCCAUAUUCAGUCACAGACAAAAGCUUUUCCACAGCCCCAUGGCCCCAUUAGGACACAGUCAUUGACCCAGCCACAGACACAGCUACAGCUCCAGUCCCAGGUUCAGACUCAGUCCCAAACAUGUGUCCCAGCUGGUCCUCAGCCGUCUAUGCAGCCACAGGAUCUAGCCCUUAGCCCAGCUGUAACUCAAAUGCAGACAUGGGCUCAAGUCAGACCUUCAUCUCCUAGGCAGGCUGCACCGCAGGGCCAAAGUCAGCCACCUGUGCCAUCCCAAAUUCAGCUUUGUAGUCAUACACAGUCAUGGGCUCCUAUCCGGCCGCCUUCCCCUAAGCCACCAACAAAUGCCCACAUUCAAACCCAUGCUCAGUCCAUGGCCCAGUCUCAAAUCCGUCCUCAGUCAAUGCCCCAGUCUCAAAUAUAUGCUCAGUCAACGGCACAUGCUAAAACCCAUCCUCAGCCUAUGUCUCAUCCUCAAAAUCUUGCCCAGUCAAUGGCACAGGUUCAAACCCAUCCUCAGCCCAUGGCCCAUCCUCAAACCCAUACCCAGUCCAUGGCCCAGGUUCAAACCCAUCCUCAGCCUCAGACACAUACCCAGUCCAUGGUCCAGGCUCAAAUCCAUGCUCAGCCGAUGGCCCGACCAAAUCAUGCCCAACCUUCAACUCAAAAUCAAACCCAAGCUCAACUUGUAGUUCAGCCUCAGGGUCAUUCUCAGCCUAUGACUCAGUAUGCCACACAUGCUCAGCCAGAGGUCCAGCACCUAGGUCAUAUUUCCCAGGGCCAAAUCCAUUCUUGGAGUCAAGAUAGCGUCUCAUCUCCAAUGACUGUCCAGCAUCCAGAGGCUACAGCACAACCUUCACUUUACCCCCAAGGUUACUCCCAGGGUCAGUCUUCAUCCCACCAGUGGACACUCAAACAGGAGCCACAAAACCAAGCCAUUGCCCAGCAGAUGCAUCCAAUUCCCCAAGCAUACCCUCAGCAAAUAUGUCAAGCUCCACAGUCUCAGGCUUAUCCAACACUUCAGGCUCUCCCACAGUGGACCCAAGUUGGGCCCCAGAAAAGACCUCAGGUUGGGCCACCCAUGUAUUCUCACAUGGGGCCAUCCUUUCCUCAGCCUCCGAUGCAAACUCAAACCCAUACCUGGUCUCAAACACAACCCCAAAUGAGACCUCAGAGUUCCGUGCAACAACAACCUCAGAUAAGAGCUUAUAAUAUGUUGCAUAUCCAGACGCAACAAGGCCAAGUUCAGCAACAAACUUGGGUUCAAGCUCAGUCUCAUCUUCAGCCCCAGCCGUAUGCAAAGCCGCAGUCUGAGCAAUAUUCACAGGUUCACCAUCAGCAUCAAACUCAGCAUCACCCACAACCUCAGUUGCAAGCUCAAAUACCUCCCCAAUUGCAACCAUCACACCAAGUCCAUCCUCCGCUUCCUUCACAGCCUCAGCUGCAGGACCAGUCCCAAACACACAUCCAGACCCAGUCAUGGGUACAAGGAAAGCCCCAGGCCCGGACUCGGCAGCCUCCGCUCAAUCUUCAGUUGCAGCAGCCACUACCACAACCCAAACAUCAGGCGCAGCUCCAGUCACCAACUCAACCAAAAGGUGAAUCACAUCCACAAUCCAAACAUGUGGCCCAAUUGACACCACAACCCGGGAUUCAAUCACCAACUCAACCAAAGGCCAAAUCACUGCCACAAGCCUUACCUGAGCCCCAGUUUCCACCUCAGCCCAUGGGUCAGUCAAAAAUGACGGCUGAUUUACCACCACAACCCAAACCACAGACCCAAACCGCACCACUAAUUAAGGCUCAAUCACCAACUCUACAAAAGGUUCAGUCCUCAACCCAACCCAAGGCCCAGUCACCACCACAACCCAAAACACAGGCCCAACCAGCACUACUACUUGAGGCUCCAUCACCAACCCAACCAAAGGCCCAAGCACUGCCACAACCCAAACCACAGGCACAAUUGCCACCACAGCCCCAACUUCAGGCUCAGUCCCCAACACUACCCAAGGCCCAAACUGCACCUGAAUCUAAGGCCCAGUCACCCUCACAGGCCAGACCUCAACUUCCACAGUCAAAACCUCAAACCCAGUCUCCUCCACAACCCAAACCUCAACAGUCCCAAACUAUUCUCCUCUGCCAGGUCAAUGUGCUGCCUCAGUCCCUAGCAGAGUCACCAGACCUGUGCAUUAAACCUCUGGCCCUGGCCCAGGUGCCUCCACAGACCUACACUGAGGCUUACUCCAAGGCCCAGGCUUUGGCCAGAAAUGGCUUUGAGGAGGCCAAGCACUGUCUGCAGGAGCACAUCCUUGAAACCAUUAACGUUUUUAAAGACAAAUCUAUAUCAGCUGAGCAAGCAUCAGUGAAAGAGGAAACUCUGAAGACCUUGGACCCAGAGUUGCUAGAGGAGUUCUUGAGAGCAGCAAAGGGCAUGGAGGCCUUUUGUACCCCCUUACAACUCCAAGACAUGGAGUUAUUUACCCAGUCUGUCAGGACACAGUGGGAGGCUGUGAGAGCUGAGAUCUCAGGCUUUUUGCAACAUUUACGUUUUGAAGUAACAAGGAAAGACUUUAACAAUGCUGCCCUGGAUUGUGAGAUGCACUUAAGCUCCCGCUUAGAAAACCAGUUCCAGGCUUGUUUCUCAGCGGAGGGAAGCUUUGCCCAGGCAGGGCAGCACCUCGAGGCCUUGAAAGAGUUGUGUGACACCCUGAGCCCCGAGGAUGCUCACCGGCUGGCCCAGACUCAGCUAAGGGAGUGUGAGAAGAGGCUGGCUGCCAUCCAGCGGCAGUUCAGCGGAGACCAAGACACACCCCUUUCUGAGUCUAGGAUUCCUGUUGCCUUCAGCGAGGAUCUGACCACACAAAACGAAUCUGCAAGAUCAAGUGACACACCUCAUGUCUCCAGUGAGGUUCUUCAAGUGACAAUGAAUACAGUCUUUGUGGAGAGGAGGGAGGUUGAAAAGCAGGCAUCAGUAGAGGAGGAAAUCACCAAAAAGGAGGCUUUAGAAAGAUAUGAGAAUUGUAAGAGGUCUCUACAAACCCAACUGGCUAAAAAUGAACAGAGCAUCAAGGAUGUGCCCUCUGACUCCAUCUCUCUGAAAGGCCUGCAUACACGGCUUCAGGAAAUACAGUUCUUGAGGCAGGAGACAGAGUCUCUGUGGUUUGAGUAUGCAAACCAGUGCGGGAACACUGGUCUCGAACAGGGGAAGGCCAAGAUGCAGGAGCAAUGGCGCAGCCAACAGUCCAAACUUCAGAGGAUGGGCAGCUCGCUGGGCGCCGCCCUUAGACAGAUUGACUCCACCGAGAACCACAUGGUGGACUUCACUGACCGUCUGGAUCGCUACCUGAGACAGCCAAAAGAUAUCACUGCCUUCACAUUGGCCAACACAAACAUCCUCAAAGAUAUCAAGGAACUGGAUGACAACAUCCAGUGCGAGCUGGACCAGCUGUCCCGUUUGGAUCCUGACUCCAGCGAUCUGGACCCCAGAGACUGCUUCCCUCUGUCCCGUGAGGUGGAGACUCACAGAAACUGCCUGGAUCAACUUCGACAGCAGGUCCGGAAGAGUGAAGCCGCCGCUCGUGCCCUCGACCGCUUCCUAAUGUCGCUGCGUACUGUAGACGAGGACAUCUCUGGAGUCCAGGGCGCCCCCUGCAGUGACACUGUGAUACUGCAGGACUGUCGCUCCAAGCUGGCUCUGAUCCAGCAGAGCAUCGACAGUCUGAAAGAAAAGGCGCCUCAGCUGGACGUGCUCCUGCAGGGUGCCCGGUUGACGGUCACCAGGGAUGGAGUCCCGGCCUCCUGCCUGGACAUGGUGACUGCCCUGCUUAAAAGGCUGGAGGAGGCGGACAGUAGGCUGGCCAGCCAGCAGAAGAGCCUCCAGAAGGAGACACAGAGCAAAUCGCUGGGCCUAAGGAAGAGGACGCUGCUGGGGGAGCUGAGGAAGCUGCAGGAAACAAUUGAAACACAAGGCGUGAAAGAGCCCACCAUGCAUGCUGUGCAACACAGCCUCCGUGCCUUGUCUGAUUUGGAGGGUCAGCUACAGGCACAGCAUGCAGAGCUUCAAAACCUCCUGGAACUUCAAGAGAAACAGGGAGGAGGAGAACACCUCCUUCAGGAGCUGGAGACUCAGUGGAAGGACACUCAGACAGCUUUCUUUGACAGAAAGAAGCAGUGCAGCCUCCUGCUGGAGCUUCUGAAGAAGUUCCAGAGCUGCCGCAGUCACCUGAGCAACACCAUGCAGAAAGCAGAGCAGAGCAUCAGUGAUCAGGCCUCCUACCUGGGCAAGGGCAAUCUGCAGAGAAUUAUUACCACGGUGUAUGAUAUUAAGGUAGAGCUGGCAGGUGUUGGGGAGCGUAUGGAAGAGAUGAGAAGUGUUUGCAGACAGCUGCAGUCCCAACUCAAGAUGUUCCCAGACUGCCGCGAGACUCCCUUUGAAGCCGAGGCUGACACACUCAUGGACAACUGGCUGGAUGUGACGGAGAAGACCGAUGCCUACUUGGAUAACCUGCGUGUGGGGGUGGAGCUGUGGGACAAACAGCUAAUGCUGGGGGGGGAGGUGGACAGAUGGGCAGGGUCUAAACUGGCCCUGUUUGCAGAGAGCCAUCCCUUCCACAGCAAGCAACAAGUUCUUGACAUGAGGGAUGAGAUCCAUGUCAAUGAGGAGAACAUUCAGCUUUUCCACAAGAAGUCUGCAGAGAUCCAGGAGAUGCUGCAGAGUCGGGAAGCACCACUGGAGCUGCAGGUGAUGGAAACCCAGCUAAGAAAGCGGAUGGAGCAGGUGAAGGAGCUAUUUGCCGACUGCACCGAUGUCUUCAAGGAACUGAUGGCUGUAAAAAAACACCUAGCUGAGAAGAUAGAGCAGUGCCAGUCAGCUGUGGAAAGGAUCCAGUCUUCUGUCAGUAAUGUUGACGCUUUACAACCAAAGGUUGAAGACCAGUUACAGCAUUUGUGUGAUAAACUGGAGGCUCAGGAGCAGCAGGCCGAGGCUGCGAUGAAGGAGGUUGGCUUGGUUUCCAGUGUAGCCAGUCCUAAGGUUCUGGAGGUGUUGUCUGUAGACUGCAGCAGGCUGAAGGAGGCCAUCUCCCACACCCAGGCCAUGAUCCAGCUGAAGAAAGAGGAGAGGGACAAAGGCCUGCUCAACGUUAUCAAAGAUGCAAGGCAGUCAUUUGAGUAUUGGUUCCAGGACUUGCAGCUGUCCAUCAAUGAGUGCUUUGAGCACCCUGAGAGCAGAGCAGACGUGGAAACAUCUCUGCAAAGACUCACCGUUUUCUUAAAAUCCAAGGAUACAGAGAUACGUCUAGAGCAGCUAAAGGUUCAGUUGGAGAGAGGCAGCCAGCAGGUUCCUCUCCAGGAGCUCUCAGAGUUUACCGACUGGCUGAAGGAGCAACAGAAUGAGGUGGCCACGUUCAGAACCCACUGCCUCAAGAGGCAGAAACAAAUGGAGCCGCUCCUCAGGGACUUGACCAGUCUGCAGAAGCAACACGAUAGCUUCCGUGACUGGCUGCAGAACAAAGAAAAACAGCCCGUGGAGGUAGACAAAGUAAAACCUCUACUCAAGAACCUUCAGGAUGAGAGCAGUAGAGCUGAGUCUCUCAGUGAGCUCUUAGCAUCAGUUCGUAGACAAGGCGUCCGAUCUGAAAGCCUCCUGAAGGACGGCGACAACUUGAUACAACGCUACAGAAACCUGGAAAGCAGGCUGCAGAGGCAGGCAGAUGCCCAAAGCGCCCUGGAGGCAGAAUGUGACAAGUUUAAUACUCAGGCUAGGAGCACCAGGACCUGGAUCACAGAGCUUCUGCAGCCCCUCACCCUGUCUGGCAGAGACGCCGAGACACAGGAGAGGGAGCACAGAGCACAGGCCAUCCUGAGCUCCAAAACCCAGGGAGACUCUAAAAUGAACGCCUUGAGGAGACAAAGUGAAAUUCUGUGUGAGCGGGAGGAUCUGCAGGACGACAGGAAACAAGAGGUCCAGCAGUUGCUCCGAGAAACAGAGAAGCAGUGGAGUACGGUUCUGCACACGGCUGAGGAGAAUCUCAGCCAGGCCCAAACACAAGCUUUGUUGGUCAAGGACUUAGACGCUUUUAAAACCCAAAACGAAAAUGUUCAGUCCUGGAUCAGAGACCGGGAGCAGAGCAUGCAGUCGCUUGCUGGUUGCAUGCAAGUUGAAGAAAAGGUCCAGAUUACACAAGCUAUUCUGAGCUCCAAACCCGAUGGAGAGUCAAAGCUCCAGUGUCUGAAGCAACAAUUCCAGAGUCUGUGUGACAGCCAGGGCUUGGACCAGGGCAGCAGACGAGUGGUUCAGGAUGCAGUCAGACAAACCGAGGAGCAGUGGAGGAAGGUUUUUCAGGCCGCUGAGGACGGUCUCAACAAGGCACAGACCGACGCAGCCACUGAAAAGGACUUUGAUGCUUUCAAAAGCAAAAGUGAAAGCAUCCACUGCUGGAUCAAAGAGCAGAAACAGAAGCUGUUGUCCCUCGGCUGUCACAUGCCGUUUGAAGAAAGGUUGCAGGUCGCACAGGCUGUGAUGACUUCCAAACUUGAGAUACUGGAACUGCAGACACAAGGGGAACGUCUGCGUGAACAUCUGGAGGAGAGCAGGAAACCAGAGGUUCAGCAGCUGGUGGAAGACACAGAGCAGCAGUGGAGAGGACUUCAGCAGGCCGCCAGGCAGGCCGAGCUCCGCAGUCUUUCAGACGACUUUGACACUCAGAAUAAAAACACUCAGUCCUGGAUCCGAGACAGACAACAGCAGCUACAGGCUGUGGGCAGUCACACACCACCUGACAACAGAUGCCAUGCAGCUCAGACCAUCCUGAGCUCCAAACCUGAAGGUGACUGUACGGUAAACAACCUUAGGAGGCGAGGCCAGAGUGUGUGUGACCAUCAGGACGCAGACCAGGGCAGGAAAGCCCAUGUUCAAAAGGCCAUCAGAGACACGGAGGAGCAGUGGAAGACAAUCUUGCAGGCUGCUAAACAGGUGGAAGCUGCUGCAGCAGCCCAGAUCGCCCAGCAGACUGAGAGGAGAGCUGCGGAGCUGAAAGAAUUUUAUACCCAGCAGCAGGACACAGGCAGCUGGCUUACAGACUUGCAAAAACAACUGGACUCACUGAAAAGCCUAACCAAAGCAAAGGACAGACUGCUCGCUGCUCAGGCCCUUGUGACCUCCAAGCCAGAAGGAGACUCCAGGCUCCAGGAGCUCAGGAGACGAUGCCAGAGUUUGUGUGGUCGGAACCUGGGAGAACCCAAAAAUCAAGAGGUUCAACAAAAACUAAGAGACGCUGAGGAGCAAUGGACGAGAGUCCUGCAAAAUGCUAAACAAGUCCUGGAUCAGGCGGAGAAGCGGUUUGCUCUGGAGGGCAAGUUAACAGAAUAUGAAGCCUUGAGAACAAACACCAGAGCCUGGCUGGAAGACAAGCAGCGGAGCCUUUUCUCUCUGGACAUUCAGACAGAUCUAGAAAAGACAAUAAACACCGCUCAGACUGUCCUGAGCUGUAAGCCUGAGGGAGACUCCAGGAUGACAGAACUGAGGAGACAGAGUCAGAUUCUGUCCGACCUGGAUGAGAGCACGAGAUUGGAGGUUCAGCAGACGGUGAAAGAUACAGAGGAGCAGUGGAGGACAGUCCUGCAGACUGCAGAGAACUCUCUGGAAAAAGCUGACAUCCAUUACUUGCUCUCCAGGGAGCUGGAGGCCUUCCGAACCAAAGCAGGAAGAACUCAAACCUGGGUCAAAAAGCUUCAGCAACAGGCCGAGUCAAAAGGGAGCGGCACUCAGGGCAGCCAGGCUCAGUUAGAGGACCGUCUGAACACAGCACAGGGCAUCUUGAGCUCCAAGUCCAAUGGUGAGGCUCAAGUGAUGGAGCUGAAGAGACGAGCACAGAGUCUUUGUGAGCACAAAGACCUGCAGGGAGACAAGAAAGUGGAGGUUGAACAAACAGUCAAAGACACUGAGCAGCAGUGGACGACGGUCCUACAGGUUGCUGAGGAGACACAAAGGAAGUUGAAGGGUGUUGUGGAGCUCCUGGUGUCCUGUGACUACCAGCGAGGCCUGACCGAGGAGCGUCUGUCUAAGUUACAGAAUCAGAUCUCCAGCCUGCCACGUGUCUUCCCCUGGCCCGGCCUGGGAGAGCGGAGGCAGGCGGUGGAACAGGCCCGGACCAUGCUGGACCAGUGCACAGCCUUGGCCCCCGUCCUUUCAGACCUCCGCACACAGGCUGCAGAACUGUUUGAGAUCACGCAGGAACAUAGCUGGUCAGAACUGUCCAGGGCAGCCAAGCAGGAGUCCAUCCCAAUGUUGCUCAAAGAGCUUACUGAUACAGUAGCUCAGCUGGAGCAGGGCAUCCUAGUGGAGAGGCAUUGCACCCAGCUGGUGGAGCAGCAUGAAGCAGCCCAGGACUGGCUGAGGGAGCACGUUAAAGGCCUCGGAGUUCCUCCAGCAGACAGACAGGGUCUGCACAGCGCUGUCAACACUCUGAAGGCUUUGCUGCAGACAGUGGACAGGGAGCAGAAAGAGAUGAAGGAGCUAGACUCUGCCAGUGAAAGUUUGCUGGGCCUCUGCACGCCUGGAGGCCGCGAUGCCCUGACCCUGGAGGUAAGCCAUCUCCAUGAGCUCUGUACCACCUCAGAGCAAGAGGUGAGGGAGCGCCUGGCGGGCUGUGAGACCCGGCUGGAGGAGCUGGACCACCAGCUGGCCAGGAGGGCCAAGGGGCUCAAGGAGAGAUCUGCAGCCCUGCAGUGGGAGCUGCGCUCCCUGGACCAGGCGCUCAGUUACAGCCAACCCCAGAACAACAUCCCUCAGCUCCAACAGCACUGGCAAAGCCUUCAGAACUGUGAAAAAUCGCUGGCAGAUUUGGGUGUGAAAGUUCAGGACCUCCAACAGGAAGUAAAGGCUACACUUGUCACUGAUGAGCUGCCAACAGAAAUUAUGACUUUGGUGAAAUCUUUAUGCCAGCAACAUGACAGUCUAAAGUCCAGGCUGAGUGAACAUCAAGGUACCUGCUCUACAAACACAGCUCGUUGUCUUUUGGACUGUAUUCACGCCCUGCAGGAAUGGAACCACAGCAAACCAGAAUCCAUUUCUUCUUUGCAGGUGACAUUAGAGGAGGGUGAAAAGUUGCAAGCAAACCUGCGGGAGGCGCUUUCUCACCAGCAGUUUCUAACAGAUUGCUUGAUACCAGUCUUGAUUAGAAAACUAGAGGAAGAAGGUUUGGAGACACUCAGAGAAGCAGACACACAAAAGGCUUAUCUCAGCCGCAGCUUAAAGGAACUUGAUGGAAAGAGCAAACAAAAGCUCCCUCAUGGUAAUUUCGAGGAGACAAAGACAUCUGUAGUGCCACCACCACGAAAAAGCAAGCACUCACAAAAAAGCUUUUCCUUAACAGAAAAAUCUACAUCUAUUGAGGAUAACUUGUCAGUUUUGGCUGAGCUGCAAACUGAGGAUAAAACAUUAAAGCCUACUGUAACAGCCGUCAUGAAAGACAUGCAAAUGGCUGGUGUGGAGCAAACCAGAAGUGAACCAACAAAACCAAAAUCUCAGAGUCCAACAUAUACUUCAGAACCUUUUAAAGCCCAACGUAACAACACUUCUCAAGAGGCAACAUUUAAAGGCCUAAAGAUGGAUACCACAGCUGAGCCUGUUGGAGCUAAGCAAAUAAAACCUGCUGUUGAGGAACCUGUACUGAUCCAAAAGGUCAUUGAGCAGUCUGCCUCUGAUGUUAGUGAGAAUACUACACCUGUACCAUCCAGGAGAAAGUCCAAGACUUUGACCACUGAUACACACUCUGCCCAGACUAAGGUGGAGCCUGAAAUGGUAAAACCUAUUAUUACUCAAGGGUCACCCAGGAAUCCAACUUGCACUGCUGCUGUGGAAGAAACAAAGCAUGUAGCAACCAGUAUUCUGGAUGAAACAACAAAGAUAAAGACCAAAAAAUUGCCUGGAAGUCAGAUAUCUUUUCCGAGAUCCAAAGAGCAUACUGAUGCUGCUGCUGUGGUGGAGAACAAAACUGUGGUUAUCCCAACCAGGAGGAAGUCAAAGAGUCUUGAUGGUUCCGCUGAUUCAGAGCCAGUGGCAGACAAUGAAAGAGCUAUAUGUGUGGUACAGGAAUCUGAGAAGUCAACCUCACAGUUUGUGUCAGCACCGGCUGAAACUGUGGUUUUGGAACAAAGUACAAUUUUACCACAAAAGCAAAAGUUAACAACACUUCCUCUGAAACAGGCUGACCAGCAGCCAGCACAGAUGACAGCAGAAUUGGAAAUUCAGAGGUCUGCUUUGAGUUUUAGGGAGGAAAAUUUAAAGAGUACAGAACUUACAACUUCACAGCACGUUGUUGCACAUAAUAGAACUACUGAUUUGAAACCUGUUGAUAACAAUAAUCCUGACAGCCUAAAGUCUUCAAGUCUACAGAUGGGCACAGAAACAAGUGAAACUACUGUUGUGAAAGAAAAAAUGCUUUCUCCAACCAAACAAAGAUCAAAGGGUUCAAAUGUCUCCCCAGAACAUGCUACAAAGGAAGUGGCAAAGACAAAGCAAGAUCCUAGAAGUCAGAAACCUUCAUUGAGCUCCGAAGAGAAAACUGAAACUGUUGUUGUAGAAGAAACAAAGCUAGAUGUAUCAGAGCCAUUCACUUCUGUCCCUGUAACAACUGAUGUUACAACAACGCUUCCUCUGAAACAGGCCGACCAACAGCCAGCACAGAUGACAGAAGAACCUGAAAGUCAAAGGUCUGCUUUGAGUCUGAAGGAGCAAACUGAAAGUGUCGUAACAGAGCUCAUACCAACCUGUAGAAAGUCAAAGAGUACUGAAUGUACCACAACUUCCCAGCACGUUUUUUCACAUAAUAUAACUACUGAUGUGGAACCUGAAAGUAAUAACAAAGAACCUGAGAGCCUGAGGUCUUCAACUCCACAGAUGGCUUUGGAAAAAACUGAAACUACUGUUGUGAAAGAAAAAAAACUUUCUCCAACCAAAAGGAGAUCAAAGGGUCCAAAGCUCUCCAUAGAACAUGCUACAAAGGAAGUAGCAACAGGUGAACUCAACACUAAGUCAGUCACAGAGCAAGCUGAGACCAUUAUUGUUGAGCAAGCCAAGCUUGGACCUACCAGUAAAGAGUCAAAGAGUACAGACGUGUUCUUAAACGUAACUGUUGCAAAGCCUGCACAGCUCAAAGGUGAAGCAGAAAAUCUAAUGUCUCACCUUACUUCAGCGCCUAUCAGAGGCACAGAUGCUGAGCAAUCUAAAUCUGUACAAAAAAGGCAAGAGUCAAAGAAUUUGAAAGUUUCCACAACUUCAGUACCAGUUCUUACCCAGAGUAUAGCUAUUGACCACUAUUCAGAGCUUAACGAACCUGCGAAUGAAUCUGAGAAUGAAAACACAUCUUCAACUGCACCGGGGAUCACAAAUCCAGUUGAAACUAUUUUGGGAAAAAAUAAGUUCUCGCCGACCAAAAGAGAGUCAAAAAGUCUAAAACUGUCCCCAGAAUUUUCUAACAAGGAGAAAACACAGACCAUAGAAAAGCCAAAAAGUCAGCUAUCUUUACUGAGAUCCAAGGAGCAAACUGAUGCUGCUUUUGUGGAGAAAACCAAGCGUUUAGCAACCAUUAUUCUAGAUGUACCCGAGCAAUUGACUUCUGUCCCUGUACCGACUGAUGUUACAACAACGCUUCCUCUGAAACAGGCCGACCAACAGACAGCACAAAUAACAAAAGAACCAGAAAAAAAGAGGUCUGCUUUGAGUCAGUGGGAACAAACUGAAAGUGUCGUCAUGGAAGUAACAAAGCUCAUACCAACAACAAGAAAGUCAAAGAGUAAACCUACCACAAUUCCACAGCACGUUGUUGCCCACAAUAAAACUACUGAUGUGGAACCUGAAGAUAAUAAGAAAGAACCUGACAGCCUGAAGUCUUCUUCAACUUCACAGAUUGCCACAGAAGCAACUGAAACUACUGUUGAGGAAGAAAAAAUACUUUCUCCAACCAAAAGAACCACCACAGAACUGAUGGAUGUCAAGAAAGGAUCUGACAGUCAGACAAAUCCAGUGCAUUCCAAAGAACAAAUUGAAGCUGCUGCUUUGGAGAAAUUUACUAUACCAGCCAGAAGGAAGCCAAAACCUCUUGACGUUUCCUCAGCUGUAGAGCCAGUCUCUGCUCUUGGUGGAAGUAUUGACCUAGAGACUAAGGAAGAACCAGAGAGUGGCAAGGCUUCAGUUGGACAGGUAGUCAAAGUAGCCACUGAAACGGCUGUUUUGACCAAAAGAAAGUCCAAGGUUCUAAAUGUUUCCCCAGAACCUUCUCCCACAGAGCUUACAAAGACCAAGCAAGAGCCUGACAGUCAGAAGCAAUCUUCAACUCCAGAUUUGGUCACACCACCAACUGAAAUUACUGUUGUGGUAAAAGGCAAGCUUUCACCUACCAAAGAAAAGUCGAAGGGUCUUGAACUUUCCCAAGAACGUACCAACCCAGAGCUUACAAAGUCCAUGAAAAUGUCCGACAAGCAGAAGCCAUCUUUAACUUCAGAUGUGGUCACAGAACCAACUCAAAUAACAAUUGUGGAAAAAGGUAAACUUUCACCAACCGGAAGAAAGUCGAAGGGUCUGAAACUUUCCACAGAACUUACUACCACAGAGCAACCAAAGACUAAGGUAGAGACUCACAGUCAGAAACCAUCUUCAACUCCAGAGGUGGCCACAGCACCAACUGAAAUAACUGUUGUUGAAAAAGGAAAGUCCAAGGGUCUGAAACGUUCGCCAGAUCUUUCUCCCAUAGAGCUGACAAAGACUAAGGAGGAGCCUGACAGUCAGAAGCCAUCUUCAACUCCAGAGGUGGCCACAGCACCAACUGAAAUAACUGUUGUUAAAAAAGGAAAGUCCAAGGGUCUGAAACGUUCGCCAGAUCUUUCCCCCAUAGAGCUGACAAAGACUAAGGAAGAGCCAGACAGACUAAAGCCAUCUUCAACUCCAGAGGUAGUCACAGCCACAACUGAAUUGUCCGCCGCGGAAAAAGGAAAGCUUUCACCAACCAAAAUAAUGUCAAAGGGUCUGAAACUUUCUUCCGAGCUGGCUACCACAGAACUGAUGGAUGUCAAGAAAGGAUCUGACAAUCAGACAAAUCCAUUGCAUUCCAGAGAGCAAAUUGAAGCUGCUGUUUUGGGGGAUUUUACUAUACCAGCCAGAAGGAACCCAACAAGUUUUGACACCUCCUCAGUUGUAGAGCCAGUCUCUGCUUUUGGUGGAAGUAUUGACCUGGAGUCUAAGGAGAGUAAGGAAGAACUCAAGAGUGGCAAGGCUUCAGUUGGACAGGUAGUCAAAGUAGCCACUGAAACGGCUGUUUUGACCAAAAGAAAGUCCAAGGUUCUAAAUGUUUCCCCCGAAUCUUUUCCCACAGAGCUUACAAAGACCAAGCAAGAGCCUGACAGUCAAAAGCAAUCUUCAACUCCAGAUUUGGUCACAUCACCAACUGAAAUUACUGUUGUGGAAAAAGGAAAGCUUUCACCUACCAAAGAAAAGUCAAAGUGUCUUGAACUUUCCCAAGAACGUACCACCCCAGAGCUUACAAAGUCCAUGAAAAUGUCUGACAAGCAGAAGCCAUCUUUAACUUCAGAUGUGGUCACAGAACCAACUCAAAUAACAAUUGUGGAAAAAGGUAAACUUUCACCAACCGGAAGAAAGUCGAAGGGUCUGAAACUUUCCACAGAACUUACUACCACAGAGCAACCAAAGACUAAGGAAGAGACUCACAGUCAGAAACCAUCUUCAACUCCAGAGGUGGCCACAGCACCAACUGAAAUAACUGUUGUUGAAAAAGGGAAGUCCAAGGGUCUUAAACGUUCGCCAGAUCUUUCUCCCAUAGAGCUGACAAAGACUAAGGAAGAGCCAGACAGACUAAAGCCAUCUUUAACUCCAGAGGUAGUCACAGCACCAACUGAAAUUACUGUUGUUGAAAAAGGAAAGUCCAAGGGUCUGAAACGUUUGCCAGAUCUUUCUCCCACAGAGCUGACAAAGACUAAGGAGGAGACUGACAGUCAGAAGCCAUCUUCAACUCCAGAGGUAGUCACAGCCACAACUGAAUUGUCCGCCGUGGAAAAAGGAAAGCUUUCACCAACCAAAAUAAUGUCAAAGGGUCUGAAACUUUCUUCCGAGCUGGCUACCACAGAACGGAUGGAUGUCAAGAAAGGAUCUGACAGUCAGACAAAUCCAUUGCAUUCCAGAGAGAAAAUUGAAGCUGCUGUCUUGGAGGAUUUUACUAUACCAGCCAGAAGGAACCCAACAAGUUUUGACACCUCCUCAGUUGUAGAGCCAGUCCCUGCUUUUGGUGGAAGUAUUGACCUGGAGUCUAAGGAAAGUAAAGAAGAACUCCAGAGUGGCAAGGCUUCAGUUGGACAGAAAGGACCCCAAGAGGUCAAGGACCAUGAUGUGCAAGAAGUAAAUGCUAACAUGUCAACAACGGACGUGCAUGAUGCACCCCAAAGCCUGGAUGAAAAGUUUACUAGGAUGGAUAAAAUCCACAAAGGGGCUGAAGAGCACAUUUUACAACCAGGUACACCUGUGACUAUAAAGGAGCAUGAAAUUGCAUCUGUUGCAAAUUGCAACAUAGCAAUGGCUCCAAUAAGCAUCCAGCGUGAAACAGUGCCAGAAAACAAAGACCUGACUUCCGAUGAUAUUCAGGCAGAAAAGACUGCAGUCAAGAUGACCAUGGCCAAGGUCAAGACCAAUAAAAGACCCAAAGAGGUUAAGGAUUGCGCCGCGCAAAAAGUGCAUGCUAAAGUGUCUGCAAAGGAUGUACAUGGCUCACCUGAGAGCUUGGAUGAAAUGUCUUGUAGGAUAGAGAAAAUCCACAAAGAGGCUGAAGUGCACAUUUUACAACCAGGUAUGCAGGCCACUAUACAAGAGCAUAAAAUCAUUUCUGACCAAACAGAGAGACGCACAACAGAUGCAAAGGAAAAUAAGAAGGAAGAGAAGGAGGGGAAGAGGACAAUUCAGGAAGAAGAAAGAGAAAACAUGGUCAAUGUGGAUAUACUAAAUGCUCCACUCCCAAUGGCCAUGACCUCCACCACUGGUGAAAUGAUGCUCCAGAGAAUGGAUUCGCCACAGGCUGACACAAUAUCACCUGCAUCACUGCAGGCAGUUCAGAAAUAUUCAAUUGACAUGAUCUGGGGUGAGGAAACCCUGGUGACAGGACUGGCCUCUCAGGAAAACAAAGCUCUAGCCGAAGCAAGCAUUGUGAAGACUGAGAAACGUGUUUCAAAGUUACCAGAAGGAUCUACCACGAGGAACAUUUUCACAGAAAUACAGCUACUCUCAGGGACCGGACCCAACAGCCAAUUUACUGAGGGUAAACCACUUGAGGAUGCCCCAGAGGCUCUGAUUACAUCCACCAUUGAUCUGGAUAACCGUCUAAGCAGACUGGUGUCUCAAGUCCUGAGCUGCAAGAACCACCCAGCUGAUCUCAACCCAACAGCCAUGGCCCAGCAGCUGAAGGAGGCUCAGCAGUGCCAAGAGACUGCCCAGGAUCAGAUGUCAUUGCUUUCUCAGCUUAGAGGAGCUGAUGCUGAGAACAAGGAUGCUCUGGAGCAUGUGGAGGACCAGUGGAGCACUGUUGCCCAGGAUGCUGCUGCUGUCAUCCAGAGUAAAGAGGCCCAGCUGCUACUGGUGACUGAUCACUGCAGACAGACCAAAGCAGCCAGGACCACACUGGAAAGACUGACAGCAGAAUUGGAGGCUGUCAGAAUGUCACCAGAGGAGAGCAGCUCCAAGGAGGCAGAGCGACUGGACUCCUUACAGAGGAGUAUGGAGGAGAACAGAACAGUACUUGGGGAGUUGCUCAUGACCCAUACCAAGUUAUACCCCCACCUUAGCUGGUCUAAGCGAGCACUCGCACAGACUGAGCAGAAGAACCUGCAAGAGAAGUGGAGAGGCCUGGAAAGAACUUUGGAGAGAACACUGUAUCACACAAAUGUCCAUUUACAUGAGACCAGAAGCCUUCAGUCGGCAAUAUCAGAUCUUCACGAACAUUUGGAGACAAUCGGCAAAGAUCUUGAAGCAAAGUCUACUUUAGUUAAUCAGUGGAACUGCAAGAAGGCGCAGCAGCUGAUGGUGGCAAAUGCUGAAGUUAAAGCUGCCUGGCAAAAAUACUUUCAUCUGCAGCAGCUGUUGGAGGCGCUACUCGUCAGCUCACAGAGGGAGAAGGAUACAACAGAGAUACAGCAGGGGCUUCAGAGCGUCAAACUCCAACUUUGCCACACAGAGGAACUAGUGUCUUCUCAAACUCAGAGCAGCAGCAACGCCAUCAUGGACAAAAUUAUGGUGGUGAUGAGGGAUGGCCUCGUCUGGGCGAAGCAGACAGAGAGUGAGAUUGAUGGCCGGAGGAAAAGGGUCGCUCUCCUCCCCGAAGAGGUGCACCGGCAGCUCAGAGAUCUGAAAAAGCUGCAGUCUAAGGUUAUGGCCAAACAGGGACAACUGGAAACACUGGUGGAGGAGGUGACCGAGCUUCUUCCACAGCUGGACCAGGCUGAGGAGGUGCCCAUGGUGCGGUCCUCUCUGAAAUCCCUCCAAGAACUCUCAAAGUGGACGGCUGAGAAGCUAGCCAAGGCUGUUAGAGAAAUUGAGUCUGGACUGCAGACCAGGGAAAAAUUUUCUGAGCAGAUUGCUGACCUAGACUCCUGGGUUUUGGCUCAUCUGUACAGAGAGGCAUCCAGGAAUCCAAAGAGUAAUGUAGGUAGUGAGCUUAGGAGCCCCGCUGAACUGGACCGCAGAGUUCGUCAGAUCCAAGAGACCCUGGCUCAGGCUGAGAAGCAGACCGCUGUCUGUGAGGCUCUUCUAAUGAAGAGUAAAGACAUUGCCUCUGAACUCAGCAUCACAGAGAACUGUCAGCUUUUUGACAAGCUUACCAACCUCCAGGAGGACAUCAGAGCCAUCAGUAGCUAUGAGAAGGCCAACAAAAAAGAGCUGGACGAACUCACCCACACUCUAGAUUCCAGUAAGAAAAACCUGGUCGCCAUAGAAACAAGCCUGAGGCAGAUGUUGGUAGAUCUAAGUAGAUACAGAUUCCCCAUCACGAGCGAGUCCCUGCAAGUUUUGGAGCCUUCAAAACACAUGAUUUUGGAGCACAAAUCCCAGAUUGACCUUCUGCAACGGUGGAUCCCCCACGAAAAGAUGAGGGAACUGUACUCAAUAAUUUCUCAACUUCUCAGAAAAAUGGUCAACUUGGAAAUGAAAGCCAGAGGCCAUGAGAGGUACCUGAAUAACCGGCAGUAUGUGGAGGACCUUAGUGAGAACGUUCAGGAGCAGGUCCGUCAGGCCAAAGACGACAGCCUGGCGCUGGCCAAGAAGUACCAAGUCUGUCAGACCCUCCUCGUCCAGCUUCCUCUUAUAAAGUAUAUGUCUGAGGAGGCUGGCUCCAAACUCCAGAUGAUAUCCGCUGAUCUUUACCCGUCACAGCUGAGCACAGAGCGACAGAGACUGAAACAAAACGAGGAGAGCCUUGACACCUUGGAGAUGAUGCUCUACAACAAUCUCAGCAUCAUGGAGUGGGACCUGCUGAAGGAUCUGGAUCUGGACUCAGAGAAGGCAGCCACUCAGACCUUCCUCUGGAAGAAGCAGCAAGAGCUCAAGAAAGUCCCGAUGUUGGAGCCAAAUGAAACAGAAAUUAACAAUGAAUACCAAAAGAUCAUGUAUUUGAAAAAGACUGUUGAGUCCAGAAUGAGAGCACUGGAGGUUCUAGAGCAAAAGAAGGGAAAGAGACAAGGACAUGGAUCCCAAGAUCUGAUAGACUUAAAGAAUGCAGUCCUCCGUGAAUGUGACUCACAAAUGGAGAACAUCUGCCAGGCCAAGGAGUCUCUGAGAGGCUACAUGUGUGCUGUUCAACAAGCAGCACAGUUCCUAAGGGACAUCCAGAUUUCUCUGCUGCCGCCGCAGGGCUCUGCUGGACUCUGUUCUGAACGGCUGGAGGAAACCCAGCAAGCUUUGGCCUCACUACAGCAGCAGUUCCAGACCCAUGUGGAGCAGCUUCAGAGCCAGGUUACCCUGCACCCUUACCUGUCCCCCCAGAAGGUGGAGCAGCUUCAGGAGACAAUUCUCAGCCAGCUCCUGGUAAGGAUGUCCACUCUUCAGGCAAAGGGACACAUACGACUGGAGUGUCUCAGCAGUUGCGCGGAACAUCACAGAAAAUACACCCAGUGGCAAGAUGAGAUCAUCCAGAGUGUGAAGAGCGCAGAGAACAGCCUCUCCCAGUUCAUCUGUCAAAAGGUCACCUGUCUCACUGACUGCAUUGACCAGCAAUCCAAGCUCAAAGUUCUCUCUGAGGAGGUAGAGUCCCUGCAGACUCGUAUGGCGGAGCUGAAGGAGUGGUGCUCAGAGCAGAGCUGUCGUGGAGGCAAGGAAGCUGCCGUGGUUGCUGUUUGGAAACGCUUAUCAAGACUACAUUGCUACACACAACAGCUGACAGCUCGUAGUGAACGGAGAAUUGCAGAAUGGAGUGAAAUCACUAGCAGUGUGGAGAAGGCCUCAGCCCUCUUGCAGCAGGUGGAGGCAGAGCUUCCUGAUGGCUCCCAGGUGAAGGCCUCCACCGAGGACCUGCAAGACCUGCUGCAGUCCUGGGAACAGUACCAGGACAGACUGGACUGUGAACAUCGAGCCUUGUCGGCAUUGGAACUGCGCACUGCCAGGCUGCUCGGUGUCCCUGCCCACCUGGAGCAGGCUCCGCCCACUCCACUCUGUCAGCAGCUUCAGGUCAUACAGGCUCAAUACGGCAGUGUGAAGCAGAGAAGCAGGGAGGGUUUGAAGGCAGCAAGGAGAGAGCUUGAGGAGAGAGAAAAGGUCCGGGUGGAGCUGCAGGGCAUCCGGGUUUGGCUGGAGGCUGCAGAUGUUCUUCUGUCAGAGAUGGAGCAGAGCAGCAGCACGGAGGAGCUUCAGGAGGUUCACAGCGAGCUGUGUAACCAGAAGGCUUUGCUGCAGCGCAUCAUGGAGAGCCUAAAGAUCAAGUACUCAGACAUGUACACUCUAGUCCCGGUGGAGAUCGACAGCCAGCUGCAGCAGGUCACACACUCACUGCAGCAAGUAGAAGUAAAGGUGGGAGAGGCAGUGAAGAUGAGCGGUCCAGUCCACAGGCUGGGGGCAAAGCUGUCUGAGGUCCAGGCUGGCCUCACGUCAGUUCAGAAAAGACUUGAUCAGAGAAGUCCCAAUGUGACUGUGGCAAAGAUCACUCAGAAGCGUGUGUGGGAUGAGCUGGACUUGUGGCACUCGUGCGUGGCGGCGCUGGAAGUGGACAUGCAGGACUUGGAGAAGCCAGAAGAGGUGCUGACCCUCACUGAGAGACUGGUGGAGGUCCAGCAGUUCCACUCCCAGCUGGCCAAACAGGCGGAGCAGAGGACCACCCUCCUCAGCAAGAUCCAAAUGUGGCUUCAGGAGCAUCAGGAGAUGAUCAGCAGCUCUAAAAGCUGGAUGGCUGAGGCCAAGUUGUGGCUUUCCGCCCCUUGCACCUACACAACCGCUAAAUGUUUGAGCAGCCAUGUUCAUACUCUGCAGAUGGUUUUGGAUGACUCCACACAGAUCCGAACCACUCUGCAGGGUUUUGCCUCAGUCCUGAAGGAAAUGUCACAGGUUUGUGAUGUCACAACUCUCCAGGAACAACUGGACGAAGCCGAUCACCAAGUGGCCAACGUUCAAGACCGCUUCAAUGCUCCUUUGUCUCACCUGAGGCAUGCUGCAGACGAGGUGGAAGCGAUUGAGAAUGAAAUCAGGCGGAUGGAGAAUGAGGUGGCUGAGAUCAAGAUCUUAUUAUCAUCUCCAGAGACUUUCCCCAGCCCCAGAGAAGAAAGCCUAAAGCCUGUGGAACAGAGGAUCCAGUGCAUGAGGAGAACCGUAGCUGAGAUCCAGAAGUGUAAACCAGGCCUCUGUCUUCCAGAGACGGCUGAAGACACUCUGAUUGUCUUCACUGCCGUGGACCAGCUCCAGACUCUGCUGCUGGAACUGGAAAAGAAGGUCCCUGCUCUAUUCAUCCAGCAGCCUUCCACUCCAGUCCAAGCCAAAGCUCUAUCAGCAGCUCAGACGACCUCACAGCCUCAACUCCUGGAAUCCACUUUAGAGGAGGCUAAUAAGGACGACAUAGAACAAGGCCAUACUCGAAUCGUCCACGUUAAAGAGGACAUACUGAAGAGAUCUGGAGCGUCGCGGCUGACUGUGGAACAGUUCUCACCUGAACAGAGACCGUCACGGACACCUUACAGCACUCAGCAGAGGGAGCAUGACGCCGUGCUCCAGACUGAGGAAGCCACAGAGCAAACAGGGAGUCAGGAGCACAGAGAGGAAGAAGGUGGAGGAGGUGUUUUAUGGUGGCUCUGGGAUGCUUUCCUGGCUGCUUCGCCAGAGGAACCUGUGGCUGUUGUUCCUGAAGAGACUGAAGGUGCUGCUGGACAAAGCAUUGAAAAGACUGGAGGAGACAGACGGGAUGUUGAGGGUUCCACUGACACCACAGAAGCAAGUUCAUCGGAAGCUUUAUCAAAACCCCUGGGCACAGUCCGAACUCAGUCACUGCCUGAGAGCGUGGUAAACACAACAGCCUCCACCGUAAAAGUCUCCAAACCAGACACUGGGCCCCAAUCAAAAUGUGUAGUCUCCUCACUGGAGCCCUGCCAGCAAUACAGGAAGUGGUUUCUGCCACAGAGUCAACUUAAAAGUUCUCCCCCUGCUUUCCUCGCCCUCUCUCCACCUGUGACCCUGGAGCACAGAGGUUCAGCUGGGUGUGUUGUGUUUGUGUCCCAGGCCCCAGAGGAACCCCAGCCUGGGCCCCGCCCUCGUGAGGGUGUCCCCCAUGUUUCCCUGGAGACGCUGGGCCAGCUAGAGCUGUGGCUGCAGAAAGCCCAGAGGAGCCUGGUAGCUGGUGGAGCGGCAAUUUCCCCCAUGCAGGACAGCGUUGAGCAGCAACUCCUCACCUGCCAGGAGAUGUUCCUGGAGAUGGAGCGGAGGGUUGCCAGCCUGACGCCGCUGGACCAGCAGCAUGAUGAAGCAACGCAGGUGCUCUCCUCCAAACUGGAGCUCCUGAAGGCCAACCUGCUCUCCUUCCAGCAGCUGCUGCAGGACAGGCAGGGAGAGGAGAGAAACAGCAGCCACAGAGAGCCACAGCAACAGAAGUCGGUAGCUCAGCCAGAGUGCCCCCUGCAGUCUCAUCUGCAGCGCAGCAGCAGUGUCCAAGAGAUCUUCUCCCCACGGAGAAACAAACCGCUCCGACAGAGCAGCCUGCAGCAGCAAAAGGAGUUGGAGCAGCAGCUGACGGAACAGAGAGGACUGACCCAGGCCAUCGCCCGGCAGGGCAGUAGAGCUUCACUCCACAGCCAGCUGUCGCAGCGGGGGCCUCCUGCUGAGGCUGAUGUGGAGGAAGACUCUGCUCAGAAGAAGUGGGACAGCCUUCACAGUGGGCUGCUGGCUCUGGAGGAGAGCUGGCUGCUUCCCCCAGCCGAGGUGACGUACUCAUCUACGAUGCGUAGUGAUGGAACAGCAGGGCGCAUGAUUGGCUCACAAACCCUGAAAGAGCUCAGAACCCACAUAAGCCAUCUGAGAGAGCUGGGGCUCACUGCGGCAGAUUCUCAGGAUCAGGCCUCCCCUGCAGAAGGCUUCUAUCAGAUGCUGAACGAGGGUUUGUUUCAUGUGUUGAAUGGCGCGUCCCUGUCCCUGUCAUCCAUCAACAACGUGCUGAACUCGCCUGCUGGGACGACACAUGAAGAAGACAUGCAGCACAGACUACGGCAGCUGCAGAGUGUGUCAGCCGAGCUGGCCACGCUUGGCAGCGAGCUGGGUUCUCAUGGGUCAAGGGUCAGCCGGAUCUUGGGCUCAGCGUGUGGUCAGCGGUGUGUUGAUGAUCUGUGUAGAAUACUUUCUGUGGUCAAGGCUGCACUGACCAGCAGAGAGGAGCAGAUCACAAUCCUGCAAGACGAUAUCGUAAAGCAACAGGCUGUGGCUCAGAUACAAGAGUCUCUGCAGCAGCAGCAGGUGGAGCAGGUGAGCUCCAUACUGGAGGAGGCGGAGCAACGCAACCUGCCUGCCUCUCUCAUCCAUCCAGCCUCACAGCUGCAGGGUGAGCUGGACAGUUCUCUGGGUGGUGUUCUCUCCCACUGUGAAGGGCUGAACAACAGUGUGGAUCUGCAGCAACAGUAUGAGCGGCUGGUCCACAGCAUGGAGGAGCUGCUCGCUCUGGGCUCUGAACGCCUCGCAAAGCCGCCUGACUCGGAGCUUGGAAGCAGAGCUCAGCUCCAGCAGCUGCUCAGCAGUCAUACGAAAUUCUUCCAGUUCCUGGGCCAUCAUUUUAGUAUCCUGCAGUACCUGAGCCAGAGAGUCCCAGAGAGUGCCCUCCAGACGUUGGAGGCUGUAGUGAUGGGCCAGCAGGAUGAGGUGGCCCGGCUGCAGCAGCGUGGACUGGAAAAAGGGAUCAAGAUGCAGGAAACGUUACAGGUGUGGUCACAGUGGGAGGAGGACAACGCCUGGUCAGACUCCCUGCUCAGAGCCAUUGAGACUUCAUUUCCCAAGAUGCACAAGGGGGUUAAUUCUGAGGAGCAGCUAUCAGAGAAGCUCUUUGUCUACCAGGAGCUGCGUGGCGUUCUGGAGGGGAACAAAGCGCGGUUCAGUAGGAUGCUGGAGGCGGGGCUCUGGCUACAGGGGGCGGGCUGUAGACCAGUGGGUGUGUCCACCAGCCAGCUGGAAGCCCGUUGGAGAGCGCUGCACAGGAAGGUGGAACAGCAACGCAUCAACGCAGAAAGGAACAGGAAGCUGAGCCGCAGUUUUGUUCGUGACUCUGCGGCACUGGCUGACUGGAUGGGUGGGGCCAGGGAGCUGAUUGACAGAUUCAGUCAGCUCUCAGCUGAGGAUGAGAUGCAUGCUGAACAGAGCCUUGACCACUACCUCCAGUUUAUGGCUCUGACCAAAGAGUUGGAGGCCAAAUGUGGACUGAAGGUGGCUGUGAUCGGUGCUAGAACCCAACUGGUCCAGCUGACUGAAGAGGAAGGAGACUCUGACAGAAAUCCAGAUCAGGACAUGAAGACGUCACUAUCUCAGACUUCAGAACCAGAUCUGGGCUACACCCCGUUCAAGCUCAGACAGAUAGAGAGGGACUGGUCUAGUCUGCUGGCCCACGUUCCUGUCGUCCAACAAGCCCUGCAUAAGCGAUGGAUGGAGACAUUGAGCCAGCAGGAGGCGCUGCUAGAGCUGCAGGCCUUGCUGGGAGCAGCGGAGUCCAGGCUGGAGGAGCAUUGCAGCACAAUCAACAAAAGCUCCUCCACCAACACUGAUCUGAUUCAGCUCCUGACAUACUGCAAGGAGAUUCAGAUAGAGAUUUCGGCCCAUCAGGCCACACUGGACUAUGUGAGCCAGCCGUUACAGACAUGCAGUACUGAGGAGGGUCAGAGAAGGAGCCAUGAACACAUGCAGUUUGCAGAGGAGCAGGGCCGUCUCCAGCAUCAGUGGCUCAGUCUGCAACAAACUCUCAACUCUCAGGUGCAGGAGGUUGAGCAGGAGCUGAGGAGCAGAGCGGAGCGGGAGGCCCGGCUGCAGCAGAUCCACAGCUGGAUUACACAUCACAGCCUCUGGAUGGACUCAGCUCAGACACCCAGCAGCCAAACGGAGCUGCAAAGCAGCAUCAACACUUUCCAGGGUCUUGAGGAGAAGAUCAGGCAGAAGUCCGCAGCUCUUCAGGAGUUGAGAGACAGUGGUGGCCACUGUGGUUUCAUCUCUCAGACAGAUAAAUGCAUCCAGGCCUGCGCUGCUCUCACACAACAGCAUGACUCAGUAAAACAGAGUCUGAUUGAGGCCCAGCAGCUGUGGGAUAGUUUGGAGAAGCAACUGCAUCAGAUGAUGCUCAAAACAGUUAGAACAUCUCAGACUCUUGAUUAUCACAGUGGUCCUCAACUCUUCCUGCAGGCACACAGAGAGCGCCAUGAAAUGCUGCAGCUUCUUCAUGCGGACACAGAAGGCUCAGAGGCAGAGUGGGACCAACUAAGUCAAACUGCCUCGUCCCUCAGAGUCAUCAUUAGUCCUGCUACUGUCCCCCUCCUCACACAGCAGCUGGACAGACAGAGAGACAGUUGGAUUUUGGUGUGUGGAGCAGUGGACCAGCAGUUCCAGAGGAGUCAGGGCGUCCUGCAGGUUUGGGAGCUCUACAACCGGCUGGCUGUGUCUCUCUCCCAGCGGCUGCAGACGCUGCAGGAUGACAUCAGCUCAGCGCUGAGCUUAGCGCCUUCAGACCAUACUACCCUGGAGCAACUCGCUGUCAAGAUACACAGUGUUCAGACUGUCCUGGAGAGAACGGUCACUCUGCAGUCGGACCUGGAGGCUUUGCUGGAGGCCUCCAAGGACGUCAUUGGCCACCUGGAACCUCCAGCUGCCAGUCUGGUCCAAUCAGAGAUCCGGCUGCUGUCCCGUGAUGUUCAGCAGAUCAGCCAGACGGUGAAAGGGAAGCUGGGUCAGCUGCAGGAGGAGCUCCAGCACCUGCAGGAGUUUGAAAGUGACCUGGAGUCACUGGAGGGAAACCUGGAGCUUUGGCAGGUGCGUCUGCACCAUAUGGAUCGGACAGCAGACCAGUCUGGCCUCCUAGAGCUGAGCGCCCUGACUGCUGACCUGGAUGUGCUGAAUGAGCAGAGCUGCAACCUGACGCUGGGCGACGCUGCAGCACGCCGCCUGCAACGUCUGAACCACAGCUGGGCCAAUGCCUUUGCCAGAACCGAGGAGUCCUGCAGCAAGCUGCAGAUGGUGGCAAUGAGGCGGCAGAGCUUUGAGCAGAAGUGUGAGAGCUGGAUGUCCUUCCUGCAGAGGAUGGAGGACAGCCUGGCUGUGGAUUUGGCCGGCUCCUACAUCGGCCUCAGACAGCAGCUCUGCACACACAAGCGGUUUCAGGCAGAGCUGUCCACCGGUCACCAGAUUCUUCAUUCAGUGGUCACUGAAGCACUUCAUCUGCUGCAGAAAGGAGAGGUGGAGGACAGGAGUGACUUCCUCCUAAAGCUGGCCCAGCUCAGGAAGCACUGGCAGGGGGCAGUGCAGCGGGUGGACCAGCGGCGCUCCCUUGUGGAGGGGCUGGUGAAACACUGGCACCUGUACGAACGCAGCCUGAGGAAGCUUCAGAGGUUCCUGUCAGAGACAAAGACCCUCCUCCCUCUAGCAGGACAGGGACCAUGCAGCCUGCAGCAGCUGACACGCUCCCUCCAGGACCUCCAGCACACAGAGCUGUUGUUCCAGAGGUAUCAGUGCAGUUUUAUCCACACUCUGGCAGUCGGCCGGCAGCUCUUCUCCAUGGGGGACGAGGAGACCCAGACUCGGCUGCAGACGGAUCUGGGAUCCCUGCAGGAGGAGUGGGACAACAUCCACGGCUUGCUGGGCCAGAGGAUGGAAGUCGCCGAGGUGAUCGUCAAGAACUGGGUGCGCUGUGAGGCCGGGCUAGCAGGCAGCAUGCUGCAGUUGAAGGAACUGAAGACCAGAUUGAACCAGUCAAUGCCAGAGAUUGACGAUGAGCUGCAGAGUGCCGAGAAAUACAACAAGGAGAACGAGGACUCCUUGGAUGACUGGGCUGAGAGCCUGACAAAGCUGAGCACCAUGAAGACAGAUCUGUCCCAGUACAUCAUUGCUGACGAUGUCCUGCUGCUGCAGGAGCAGGCGGAACACCUGCACUGUCAGUGGGAGGAACUCUGCUUUAAGGUGUCUCUGCGUAAACAGGAGAUCGCAGAUCGUCUGAACGCGUGGAUCAUCUUCAAUGAGAAGAACAAGGAGUUGUGCGAGUGGCUGACGCAGAUGGAGAACAAGGUUGCGCACAACUCAGACCUCAACAUCGAGGAGAUGGUGGAAAAACUCAAGAAGGACUGCAUGGAGGAGAUCAACCUGUUCAGUGAGAAUAAAACCCAUUUGAAGCAGCUUGGAGAACAACUCAUCACAGCCAGCAACAAGACGAAAGAGACAGAGAUCAACGACAAGCUGAAGGACGUCAACGACCGCUGGCAGCAUCUGUUUGACCACAUAGAGACCAGGGUGAGGAAGCUAAAGGAGACACUGGUGACGGUGCAGCAGCUGGACAAGAACAUGAGCAACCUGCGGACGUGGCUGUCUCGCAUAGAGGCAGAGCUGGCCAAGCCGCUGGUCUACAACGUUUGCCACAGCGACGAGAUCCAAAUGAAACUGGCUGAGCAGCAGGAGCUGCAGCGGGACAUCGAGCAGCACACGGAGAGUGUGACAUCAGUGCUGACGCUCUGCGACAUCCUGCUCCACGACGCCGAUGCCUGCGGCAGCGACACGGAGAACGACUCGAUCCAGCAGACCACCCGCAGCCUGGACCGCCGCUGGAGGAACAUCUGCGCCAUGUCCAUGGAGAGGAGGAUGAGGAUUGAGGAGACCUGGCGUCUCUGGUGUAAGUUCCUGGAUGACUUCUCUCGCUUUGAAGACUGGCUGAAGACAGCUGAGCAGACCGCAGCCAGUCCGGAUUCUGCUGGCGCCCUGUACACCAGCGCCAAGGAGGAGCUCAAGAAGUUUGAGGCAUUCCAGCGGCAGGUUCACGAGCGCUUGACUCAGCUGGAGCUUGUCAACAAGCAGUACCGGCGCCUGGUCCGGGAGAACCGAACCGACGCCGCCAGCAAGCUCAAAGUCACGGUGCAGGAGGGAAACCAGAGGUGGGAUGUUCUGCAGAAGAGGGUGGCUUCUGUUCUCCGCAGACUCAAGCACUUCACCUCUCAGAGAGAAGACUUUGAGGGAACUCGGGAGGGGAUCCUGGUCUGGCUGACGGAGAUGGACCUCCAGCUCACCAACGUGGAGCACUUCUCCGAGAGCGACGUCGAAGACAAGAUGAGACAACUGAACGGCUUCCAGCAGGAAAUCACCCUGAACACCAACAAGAUCGACGCCCUGAUUGUGUUCGGAGAGAACCUGAUCCAGAAGAGCGCUCCCUUGGACGCCGUGCUGAUUGAGGACGAGCUGGAGGAGCUGCACUCGUACUGCCAGGAGGUGUUUGGCAGAGUGGCCCGCUUCCACCACCGCCUCAUCCACAGAUGCCCCGUUAUGGAGGAGGACAGGGAACUGUCAGACCUGGAGGACUCCCCUGAUCUAACCAACGGAACGUCCUGUUGGGAGGGGAGGAAGAAGGAGGAGGAAGCAGAGGGCCCAACAUAUGGUGGAGUGUCAGCUGGACGGCAGAUUAUGUGCCACCUCCUGGCCCCCCCUCUGGAGCGGUCGGGACGUGAGACUCCCAUCAGCGUGGACUCUAUCCCGCUGGAGUGGGACCACACGGUGGACGUGGGAGGAUCGUCGUCACAUGAGGACGACGACGAGGCAACCUUCUUCAGCGCUCUGUCAGUGAAGUCAUUGACUGACACGCCCAGCUGGCACCAGCCUAGUUCCCCAGAGAGGAAACGAGUUCCCCGAGAAAUACUUCGGGGCUUGAGCUUGUCUCCCACACAGACCAGCAGUACUCCCUUCCACCAGCAGGGCUACGCUAAGCUGAUAUCUGAGUGCAGCAGCAGCAUCAGCAAUGUGAAGCAAGUCCAGCUGUUCCUGAACGACGAGGAGGAGCCGGAGGACCUGGGUCUGACCAGCAGUACGGCCGACAAGCAGACCAGCACAGGUGUGAUCGAGCGCUGGGAGCUGCAGAGGUUCAACAACGAGAUGGACAUCAAGCGGGACCUGGAGCAGUGGCAGAAGCUGAACUCUGAUCUCUUCGAUGUCACUUCCUGGUUGGGCAAGGUACUACCAGAGGUGGAGAGGCAACAGCAGAUCGCACCGUCAACUGUCAUCCGAGACAUCGAAGCCAACAUCGGCAAAUUGAAGGAGAUGCAGAAGACCUUCAACAGCAACAAGUGUCUGAUGAUCUCCGCCAACUUGAGCAGCCGUCACUUCCUGCCAGGCGAUGGUGCUGAGCUGCGGGAGCUGAACGAGACCCUCAGCUCGGCCAAUCAGAGCUGGCAGCAGGCGUGCGCCGGGCUGGAUAGCUGGGAGAUGAAGCUGCACCAGGCGCUCAUGCAGUGUCAGGAGUUUCACGAGACGCUGCACUCCAUGCUGUUGUGGCUCGCUCAGGCCGAGAGCAAACUCGGUGCCGUGAAUGUUGGCGACCGCCGGGUGCCCCGCUACAUCCUGUUGGAGCACCGAGACACGCUGACGGCUCUGCAAGAGGAGCUGCGUCGUCGCCGGCACCGAAUCUCCUUGCUGCGGGACAUUGGCUCUCGGCUCCUGCCAGAGGACGCCGGAGAAGAAGAAGACAAGGCCAAGGAGAAGGUCCACCUCGUCGCCUGCAAACUGCAACUGCUGCUGCGCCGGGCGGCCGCCGACCUGCGCGCGCUACAGGGGAGACUGGAGGAGGAGGAGGAUGAGGAUGACGACUCAGACUCCACAGUCGGACGACCGGCGACCGGAAGGGAGGAGAGGUGCAGUUCUUCCCCACAGCGCCAGACCUUCUUUCGCCGUGUUCUACGCGCCGCCUUUCCCCUGCACCUGCUCUUCUUUGCCCUGCUGGUUCUGACCCACCUUCUGCCUGUGUCCGAAGACCAACGCAGCUGUACGCUGUCCAACAACUUGGCCCGCUCCUUCUACCCCAUGCUCCACUACACCGACGGCCCUCCGCCAACGUAAAUAAACAAAGGCCCGUCUCGGCCGUGGUUUGGCCCUACUUCAAUAUUUAUUCUUUGUUUGUUGAUUUCCUCUGUUGUGUACAAUAAAACAUGUACUUGCUUUCAAAGUGUUGUCCUUUUUACAAGUUUUCCACUUUUCCAUAGCCUGUGGGAUCUCAUUUCAAAGAUAAAGGCUAGCCAUUACCACGGUA